ACCCGCCUCCGCCUGAUCCAGCCCCACCCAGAGACCUGCCAAGAGCCCCUCAGUGCUGAGUGUUCUAGACAGACUUCCACCCGUGGGAGAGGGGGGGAGAGGAGGGUUGGCUGUCGUCAUGGCGACGACGUGGGUAGCCGCGACCCUGCGGACCGGAGCUGCGGGUGUGAGGCUCCGGGGCAUCCGGAGGCUGAGUGGUAGCACGGGGCGGCGGGCGGCUGCGAGCGGCAGCCCGGGACGCCGGCUCAGCACCGCUUGGGCGAGGGCCCAGCCCCCGCGGGAGGAGGCGGAGGGCACGGAAAACAGCGGCCAGUCGCCGGCCACCGAACAGCCAUCCUGGACGCCGCCUCCUCCGCCCCCCGAAAGCCCGGCGCCCCCAGCGGGCCGCUCGCUGGUGCAGCGGGACAUCCAGGCCUUCCUGAACCAGUGUGGGGCCAGCCCAGGGGAGGCACGGCACUGGCUCACGCAGUUCCAGACCUGCCAGUACUCCGCGGACAAGCCCUUCGCGGUCAUCGAGGUGGACGAGGAGGUGCUCAGGUGCCCGCAAGCGGUAUCCAGCCUCGCCUUCGCCCUGGCCUUCCUGCAGCGCAUGGACAUGAAGCCACUGGUGGUCCUGGGGCUGCCGGCCCCCACGGCACCCUCAGGAUGCCUUUCCUUCUGGGAGGCCAAAACACAGCUUGCCCAGAGCUGCAAGGUGUUGGUGGACGAGUUGCGGCAUAACGCAGCCACUGCCGUGCCAUUUUUUGGCGGCGGUUCGGUGCUGAGCGCGGCGGAGCCCGCCCCCCAUGCCAGCUAUGGCGGCAUCGUCUCGGUGGAGACGGACCUGCUGCAGUGGUGCCUGGAGUCCAACAGCAUCCCUAUCCUGUGCCCCAUUGGGGAGACGUCCGCGCGCCGAUCUGUGCUCCUCGAUUCGCUGGAGGUGACCGCGUCGCUGGCCAAGGCGCUGCAGCCCACCAAAAUCAUCUUCCUCAAUAACUCAGGCGGCCUGCGCAACACCAGCCAGAAGGUCCUGAGCAGCGUGAACCUGCCUGCCGACUUAGACCUGGUGACUACCGCGGAGUGGUUGAGCACCAAGGAGCGGCAGCAGAUACGGCUCAUCGUGGAUGUGCUCAGCCGCCUGCCCCACUACUGCUCUGCGGUCAUCACCGCCGCCAGCACGCUGCUCACCGAGCUCUUCAGCAACCGGGGUGAGUACUUCAAGCACAGUGAUGGUAGCUUCUCCAACAAACAGUGGAUCUUCUUCUGGUUUGGCCUGGCUGAUAUCCGGGACUCUUAUGAACUUGUUAACCAUGCCAAGGGGCUGCCAGAUUCCUUCUGCAAGCCAGCUUCUGACCCAGGCAGCUGACCUAUGCUAUGGGCCCUGUAGACCCUGGGACAGCCAGGGUAGACCAGAAGCCAUGCCUGCUGGGGGUGAUCCCAGGCUGUUAUAGGAUGAAUGGGGCUUGUUAGCUGAGUGGCCUACAGAGAAAUCAGCCCCUGCUCUGCUUAAGUGGGAGAAGCACAAAGAGGGGAGCCAGCCUAAGACCCAGACUUGCUCCAAAGCUGCAACCAGGUGGCCUAUUUUCAGCCUAGAGAUGGGAGCAGAGGCUUUAAGGGCUCUGCUCAGGGCUAACUGGAGGGGUGGGCCAGUUUCUAUGGGCUCUGUACUACAUUUUGAGGCUC